CCGGUCAUAAUUUUUUUUUUCCAACACUGCUGUAUGUCCGAACCUUCACUAAACGAAUGGUGGUUAAGUGAGGACGACCUGUGUUUAUCUAUUUUAUCCCUGCCUAAAUAGCCACCAAACAGCAGAAUGCUCCCUGGAGAUCCAUCACGGAACAGAAGAAAGGAAUGAUAAAAAACAUCUCCCUGUCCAAUUGAAGGAGCAUGUCAAGACCAUAAACAGUUACAUGUUUGGCCACCAUGAUCACCACCCUCUCCAUUUAGCUGUAACGAUUGGGUGUCAUCACCUAAUACCCGACCUGCUGAAGCGGGGGGCCAAAAUAAACGACAGGGCGGAAGCAAACCAAACUGCUCUUCACCUAGCUUCAGAAACCCUCAACCAAGAAGCCAUUAAAAUGCUACUCCGCUGCGGUGCCAAGGUAAACUGCACAACUCUGAUGACCAAACAGACGGCGCUGCAUCUGGCGGUCCACUGCUCCUCCUCCAAGGCCGGCCUUGUCUUAGCAGCAGGUGGGAAGUGUGUGGAGCUGCUGCUGCUGCAUGGCGCAAAUGUGCACAUGAAAGACUGGGAAGGCCAGGAAGCCAUUCACCGCGCUUGCCAGAGCGGCAGAGAAGACAUCAUUAACCUCCUCCUCGAUUAUGGGGCAGACGUGAACUCCUUAACGUGGCGGGAGGAGUCUCCCCUUUUUCUAUUCCUUGAAAGAGCAAUCAAUCUAAGAAAGGUCCACGUUCUGAAGAAGCUGCUAAGCCUAUCGUACCCUCUGAAGCUCACUAACGGCGAAGGCCGACUACCCCGAGCGCUCGGCCACCCCUGCUGGGAGCCGCUGAAAGGCCUGCUUCUGCAAGCAUCUUCAGAAGUGUGGUCCUUGCAGGAUAUCUGCAAGUUCAACAUCAGGAAGAUAUAUGGAGGAAACUCAAGAUAUUGGCUCAAACGGAGAAUCCCAACCCAACUGUGGGACUCUAUAUUCAUUAGCCAACAGUUUUCGUACGCUUCAAAAAUAAACGACUUGACCGUGUGCAAUGUGCACACCAGUCAAGAGUAG